GGCGGGCGCGGAGAUCUGCGCGUGGCUCUAGCGGCUCCAGCGGCGCGGGCGGCCCCAGGCGGGCCAGGAUGGGCGGGUGGCCGCGCGGGGGACUCAGGGGGCGCGGGGGGCGCGCGAGGUGAUCGCCGGUACUCGAACCCCCCACCCCCGCCCCGCCUGGCCUCGCCGGCCCCAGGGUCUGCUCCCGGGGCGCGGACGCGGGGCCGGCGGCGGAGUCGGAGCCAGAGCAUGCGGGGCGCGGCGCAGGCAGCCUGGGGGCGCGCGGGGCAGCUGUGGUCGCGGCCCCUCGCCCCGGGCCCGCCCCCGCCGUCGCUGCCGCCGCCGUUGCUGCUGCUGACCGCGCUGCUGGCCGUGCUCCUGGGCGGCGCGGGCGCGCAGUACUCCAGCGACCUGUGCAGCUGGAAGGGGAGCGGGCUGACGCACGAGGCACACAGGAAGGAGGUGGAGCAGGUGUAUCUGCGCUGCGCAGCCGGCACCGUGGAGUGGAUGUACCCGACGGGCGCGCUCAUCGUGAACCUGCGGCCCAACACCUUCUCGCCCGCCCGGCACCUGACUGUGUGCAUCAAGCCUUUCAGAGGCUCCUCGGGGGCCAAUAUUUAUUUGGAAAAAACCGGAGAGCUGAGACUGCUUGUGCGGGACGGGGACGGCAGGCCCAGUGGGGUGCAGUGCUUCGGCCUGGAGCAGGGCGGCCUGUUUGUGGAGGCCACGCCGCAGCAGGACAUCGGCCGAAGGACCACAGGCUUCCAGUACGAGCUGACCAGGAGGCACAGGGCGUCGGACCUUCACGAGCUGUCGGCCCCCUGCCGCCCCUGCAGUGACACUGAGGUGCUCCUGGCCGUGUGCACCAGCGACUUUGCCGUUCGAGGCUCCAUCCAGGAAGUCACCCAUGAGCCGGAGUGGCAGGACUCGGUCAUCCACCUGCGCGUGAGCAGACUCUACCGGCAGAAAAGCAGGGUCUUUGAGUCGGUGCCCGAGGGUGACGGCCACUGGCAGGGACGCGUCCGGACGCUGUUGGAGUGUGGCGUGCGGCCGGGGCACGGUGACUUCCUCUUCACUGGCCACAUGCACUUUGGGGAGGCGCGGCUGGGCUGUGCCCCGCGCUUCAAGGACUUCCGGAGGAUGUACAGGGACGCCCGGGAGAGGGGGCUGAACCCUUGUGAGGUUGUCAUGGACUGACCUGGGGUCCUUGGGGCACUGCCUCCCUCUCAUGAGCCACAGGCUGCGGUGGGUGCUGGAGUCCUGGUGGGGGCCAGGCGUCCGGGGCCCAGACCUGACCCUGGCACCCAAGCUGGAGGUUCUCGCCACACUCAGCCCCGUGAGCUCCCAGCCAUGGACGCCCUGGCCGAUUGGAAAUGCUGUAAAAUGCAAACUAAGUUAUUAUAUUGUUUUUUGUAAAAAAGAAAUGUGCAUAGGAAACAGUCCUGUGUC